GUGACUCUUACUCUCCCUGAUUGCAGGUCAGCACCUACUGAGCAGUAGAGACAGAGACUAAUUCUGGCCACUGAAUCCAGGGUAACGUGUGUGAUCAUCAUUGUCACCUCACAAUGGCAGCUCGUGUGUUGGAAGCUGAUCUCAGUUCCGCGUGGUGACCGAGGUUGAAACACAAUGGAUUGUGUCAGUCUGGAAGGAGCUUCCUGUGACUACUAACACCUUUAUUGGCCUUGAUGCUCCCUUCAAUUUAUUGUGUCAUGGACCUAAUACCCUGAAACACCAAAACAAAAAAUGUUUGCGGUACAUCUUUUGGCUUUUUACCUUACGAGAAUUAAUGAAGAUCAAGUCAGAAAGGUCGAUCGUUUCCUAUACAACAUGCAACUCAGUACUGAACAGCUACGAGACAUCAUGGCUCGAUUUGACAACGAGAUGAGGAAGGGACUUGCCGUCAACAGCUAUUCGACGCUCAAGAUGCUGCCGACCUAUGUGAGAACAACCCCUGAUGGGACAGAAAAGGGCGACUUUUUGGCGUUGGAUUUAGGCGGCAGUCGGUUCGAGGUGUUGCGGGUCAGGGUGUCGGAAGACGGGAGGCAGAUGAUACAGACGGAGAGGCAGAUGUACCCGAUGACUGACAAGAUGAAGCAGAGCCAUGCCAACGAGUUAUUCAAAUACGUCGCCGAAUGCCUGGGAGACUUCAUGACGAAGCACGAGAUCAAGGGCAAGCGCUUUCCACUGGGAUUCACCUUCUCCUUCCCCUGCAGGCAAACCAAACUGGACGAGGCUUAUCUCAUUGCCUGGGAUAAGGAUUUCGAUGUCAAAGGAACUGAAGGAGAGAAUGUAAUCAGUCUGUUACGUAAAGCAAUUGAACAACACCAGGACUAUAACGUGGACGUGCUCGCCCUGGUGAACGACACGGUGGGGACCAUGAUGGCUGGUGGAUUUGACGACCCCUACUGUGAAGUUGGCGUGAUCGUAGGUACCGGGACGAACGCUUGUUACAUGGAGCAGCUGCGCAACAUCGAUGCGGUCAACGAUAACGAGGGGCGCAUGUGCAUCAACACCGAGUGGGGAGCGUUUGGUGAAGACGGCACAUUGGAGAUCUUCCAGUCCGAAUUCGAUCAGGAGUUGGACGCCAACAGCCCCAAACCAGGCAAACAGCUGUUUGAGAAAAUGAUUUCGGCAUUGUACCUGGGAGAAAUUAUAAGACUCAUCCUGGUUAGACUGGUUCAGAACAGUAUGCUGUUCCAAGGGAAGUUUUCGGAGAUACUCCUCAGACAAAAAUCAAUCACCAUUAAGCAAGUGGCUGCCAUCAUGAACCAGAAAUCGGGGUUGGAGAAUGCCAUGCACAUUCUGAUGGAAAUGAAUCUGAACCCUUCUGCUGAGGACUGCACAGUGGUGCAGCACGUCUGCGUGAUCGUGUGCUUCCGCUCCGCCUGCCUCUGUGCCGCCAGCCUGGCCUCCAUCUUGCUGCGGCUGAAACGGAACAAGAAAGUGCAGCGGCUCAGGACGACCGUGGGCAUCGACGGGACGGUGUACAGGACCGUGCCGCUGUACGCAAAGAGCUUGCACAAGAUGGUCAGGCACCUGGCCCCGGAGUGCGACGUGCGCUUCAUCCUGGUCGACACGGGCACGGGGAAAGGAGCGGCCAUGGUGACAGCGGUGGCCCACAGGAUCGUUCACCAGCGCAAGUACCAGAACAAGACGCUGGCGCCACUCAAGCUGUCCCAGGAGCAGCUGCUGAAGGUGAUGCAGCAGAUGCGCAUUGAGAUGGAGCAGGGACUGAACAAAGAAACGCACAGCAUGGCCUCGCUGAAGAUGCUGCCCACCUUCAUCCGUAAAUUUCCCGACGGCACCGAAAACGGCAAAUUCCUAGCACUUGAUUUGGGUGGGACCAACCUCCGAGUGCUGCUUCUGGUGGUGAACAGUCGGCCCAGGCGAGCCACACAGAUCUUCCAGAGAAACUAUCCGAUCCCUUUGGAAGUUAUGCAAGGGACGGGUGAAGAGCUGUUUGACUACAUUGUGGAGUGCAUCGUGGAAUUCCUGGACUACAUGGGCAUGAAGUGUGCCCAAUUACACGUGGGAUUCACCUUCUCCUUCCCUUGUGUACAGCAGAAGCUGGAUGAGGGCAUUCUAGUCAGCUGGACCAAAGGCUUCAAGGCCACUGAUGUGGAAGGACAAGACGUCGUUAUCCUAUUGAAAGAUGCUGUUAAAAGACAAGGGCCUUCCCGACGGCUGUAA